AUGGCUAGUCCCGGCUCAUCUGGCCGGAAAAUGGAACCAGUGUACCGAGGAAUCCGGUGCCGUAGCGGGAAAUGGGUGUCCGAGAUCCGUGAGCCGAAGAAAACCACUCGAAUCUGGCUCGGAACUUACCCCACGGCGGAGAUGGCAGCUGCCGCCUACGACGUGGCUGCUUUGGCUCUUAAAGGUAGAGAAGCUGUCUUGAAUUUCCCGGGAUCCGUGCGGUCAUACCCGGUUCCCGGGUCAACAUCCGCAGCGGAUAUUCGAACCGCUGCGGCCGCUGCUGCAGCGGUGAAAGGGUGUGAUGUAGAAGAGGUAAAGGAAAAGAAGAAGAGUAGUACUAGUUCGUCGAAGUUGAGAGCGCGUGAUUACCACGUAGAUUUUGACAAUAUGGCCUCUUCUUCGUGGUGUGGGGCAGAGUUUAUGGACGAAGAAGAAGUCUUGAAUAUGCCUAAUUUGUUGGCUAAUAUGGCUGAAGGGAUGAUGGUUGCGCCACCGUCUUGGAUGGGUUCUCCGCCAUCGAAUGACUCUCCAGAGAAUUCAAAUGAUGAGAACUUGUGGGGCUAUUGA